AUGAACAAAACCAAAAUCACUCCUUGGUUCAUUUUCUUGUGUCUGUAUCGUUCUAGAUUACAAAAGCGUAAAAGGGUCGCGAGUUCUCCAUCGACCGAGCAGCUACAAGAAGGUGGAGGAAUAUUUGGUUUUAAACCGAAAACGUUGUUUGUGUUUGGAGAUUCUUACGCGGACACCGGAAACACACCAGUCACGAUCGCCGCCUUAUGGAGGUUUCCUUACGGAAUCACUUUCCCGGGAAAGCCUGCCGGUCAGUUCAGUAAUGAUCGUCUCUCCACUGAUUAUCUCGCAAAAUAUCUUGGAUUUAGAACGCCAGUUCCAUACAAAUUGAGGAGAUACGCACGACCCAGACAAGUUGAGAAAAAAGGAAUCAAUUUCGCAUACGGUGGAGCCGGAGUGUUUGAGACAAUGUUCAAAGUCCCAAACACGAGUAUGCAUAUCAAUUUCUUUGAACAACUCCUUUGGAAAAAAGUUUAUUCGUCGGCCGAUCUCAACUCUUCUGUCGCUUUCUUUAGUCUCGUCAGCAACGACUACCUUACUUACGACAAAUUCAACGGUAUACAACAGGUAUUUGACCCUUUUCCGACUAGGGUUGUCAGAAUGGAUUGA